AUCCAACUAAUAACAUAUUUCUUCCAAUUGCUUCUCUUCUUGAUUCAUUUCUCCAACUUCCAUUGAAUUUCUUAAUCCUCCAUUGUCUAAUGCCAAUCCAAUGCGCCAUGGAAGAACAAGAACUUGCUUCCUUUCCAUAGAAUCACAUUCAAGAACAGCUUCAACUCUCUCUCACUUAUCCCAUCUCCUCCUCCUCGCUUCCAUUACCAAAACCCUUUCUGAAUCAGGUACUCGAACUCUCCAACACCAUUCUCUUCCAAUAUCACAUCCUCUCCUCCUCCAAAUCCUCCAUUCCCGAUCUCUUAAUCCCUCCCACAAGCUCGAUUUCUUCAAAUGGUGUUCUCUCGCCCCCAAUUUCAACCAUUCUCCUUCCACAUAUUCCCAAAUCUUCCAUAUCCUCUGCCGCUCUGGCUACCUCCAUGAGGUUCCCCCUUUACUCGACUCAAUGAAACGAGACGGUGUCUCUGUUGAUUCUCACACUUUCAAGGUUCUUCUCGACGCGUUUAUCAGGUCUGGUAAAUAUGAUGCUGCCCUUGAAAUUUUAGACCAUAUGGAAGAUUUGGGAACUAGCUUGGAACUUAACACCUACAACUCUGUUCUUGUCGCUCUACUAAGGAAAAACCAGGUGGGUUUGGCUUUGUCUAUUUUCUUUAAGCUGCUUGAUGGGUUUAAUAAUGGUGGGCAAGUUGACUCUGCUGCUACUACUUUUCAUUUCUUGCCCAAUUCACUUGCUUGUAAUGAAUUGUUGGUUGCUCUUAGGAAAUUAGACAUGAGGGUUGAGUUCAAAAAGGUUUUUGACAAGCUUAGAGCAAUUGAAUCCUUUGAGUUUAGUGUAUAUGGUUAUAAUAUAUGUAUUUAUGCUUUUGGAUGUUGGGGAUAUCUGGAUACUGCUCUUUCCCUGUUUAAAGAAAUGAAGGAAAAGAGUUUAGUUUCGGAGUCGUUCAGUCCAGAUUUGUGUACAUAUAACAGCAUUAUUCAUGUGCUCUGUUUGGUAGGGAAGGUUAAGGAUGCACUUAUUGUGUGGGAGGAACUGAAAGGGUCAGGUCAUGAGCCUGAUGCCUUUACUUAUCGUAUCAUAAUUCAGGGUUGCUGUAAGUCUUGCCGAAUGGACGAUGCAACUAUGAUUUUUAAUGAAAUGGAGUACAAUGGAUUGAUCCCAGAUACUAUUGUGUAUAAUUCUCUCCUCAACGGGCUAUUUAAGGCUCGGAAAGUUACUGAAGCAUGUCAACUUUUUGAUAAAAUGGUGCAAGAAGAUGUAAGAGCUUCUCCUUGGACAUACAAUAUUCUAAUUGAUGGAUUGUUUAGGAAUGGAAGAGCUGAGGCUGGCUACACUUUGUUCUGUGAUUUGAAGAAAAAGGGUCAAAUUGUGGAUGCUGUUACUUACAGCAUCAUUAUAUUGCAGCUGUGUAAAGAGAGAUUGCUUGAGGAAGCACUACAAUUGGUUGAAGAAAUGGAAGCAAGAGGCUUUGUUGUUGAUCUUAUUACUAUAACAUCUCUUUUAAUUGCAAUGCACAAGCAAGGCCAGUGGGAUGGGUUAGAGAGGCUGAUGAAGCAUAUUAGAGAAGGUGAUUUAGUCCCCAAUGUUCUCAAAUGGAAAAUUAACAUGGAAUAUUCAAUCAAAUAUCAGAAAAAUAAAAGGAAAGACUUCUCAUCUCUGUUCUCUCCAAAGGAGGACUUGAGUGAGGUUAUUAGUUCAAGAGCUUCUUCUGCUGCAAAAGUUAAUAUUGACAACAGUUUUGAAAACACAGAAGAAAGAGAUAUGGAUAGUUGGUCGUCAUCCCCAUACGUAAAUCGUUUGGCUAAUCUUGCGAAUUCUACCAGUGACAUUUUGCAACCAUUCUCUAUAAGGCAGGGGCGACGAAUCCAAGAAAAACAGGACAACUCAUUCGAUAUCAAUAUGGUUAAUACAUUUUUGUCUAUUUUUCUUGCAAAGGGAAAAUUGAACUUAGCAUGUAAGUUGUUUGAGAUCUUCAGUGAUAUGGGUGUCAACCCAGUGAAGUACACUUACAAUUCAAUGUUGAGUUCGUUUGUGAAGAAAGGCUACUUUCACCAGGCAUGGGGUAUAUUUAACGAAAUGGGCGAGAAUGUAUGUCCAGCCGAUAUAGCCACAUACAAUGUGAUAAUUCAAGGACUCGGGAAGAUGGGGAGAGCGGAUCUUGCAAGUUCUGUUCUGGAAAAGCUAAUGGAGCAGGGUGGCUAUCUCGAUAUCGUAAUGUACAACACCUUGAUUAAUGCACUGGGGAAGGCAGGUCGAAUGGAUGAUGUAAAUAAGCUUUUUGGACAGAUGAGGAACAGUGGGAUAAACCCAGAUGUUGUCACUUUUAAUACACUCAUUGAAGUUCAUAGCAAAGCAGGUCGGUUAAAGGAUGCUUACAAAUUCUUGAAAAUGAUGCUGGAUUCAGGGUGUUCCCCAAAUCAUGUCACGGAUACAACUUUGGAUUUUCUAGGGAGAGAGAUGGAGAAAGCGAGGUAUGAAAAAGCUUCAAUCAUACGUGAUAAAAACAGUUCUUGAUUUUCCUGUGUAGAUUAGUCUAUCUGAUUUUGUUGUGAAUUAAUAAGUAUAAAAGUCGGUCUAAUUUAUUUGAUCGAGUAAUUUUCAUGUUCUUGUAUGUUCUGUUUUGACCUUCCAAUACAGGAAUAAGAAAGGGUAAGAGAUGAGCAAGUUCAGAAAUGCUCAUGUUUGGCAAAA